CACGUACAUGUCAUCCGUGACGUUUUUUUUGUUUUUAAUUUUUUGUGCAAUUUUAAUUUUGGCAUCAGCUUAGCGUUUUUUAUCGUUAUAUUACAUGAAUAUGUAAACCCAAAUCCAAAGAUUUAAAAGUAUUAAUUUGCUGCCUAUAACAGCCAUAAACUGUCAUAAUGUUUCCGCGUUUUCACAACAGCUUUUUGCAAUUAUUGGAUAAUGAGCCCUUUAAUUCAACAAUUCAAUAUCUGUAAAAUAAUGGAUUCCAGUACAGCAUUAUCCAAGAACCAGAGGAUUUAUUUGGGUCUAACAGUUAUAAUCUUAGUGGAUGUUAUUUGGGUCUCUUCCUCAGCAUUAACCAAGUACCUUUAUCAACAUGAAACGUUUGAAAAGCCAUUUUUUUGCGCCUACAUUAAAACAGGCAUGUUCACCUUGUACUUGUUUGGCUACUUAUUUUGGCCCGUUUGGAAAGAAGACUAUUGCAUCCGUCCUCAUAAUUACGUCUAUUUAGAACAAGAACAAGACGAUAGUGGCUUGGAUGAGGCUAGACUAAGUACACCCACAUAUGUUCCUGUCAAGGUUUCAGAUAAAGACAAAAGCUCUGGAACUGAAAGUGACUCGGAUACAGUGAGGUCGGUGAGAUUUAGUAAAUUAGCUGAAGUUAGGCAGCUAUCGGAAUUGGAUGCUGCCGACGCUUUAUUGGCGAGGCUCUCUUAUCAAGCUACCUUGAAAGCUACAGUUGUCGGUCGAACUAAUGCAGCUAAGUUACCAGUACAAUAUGUUAUUAAACUGGCAUUUGUGUUUUGUUUAUUAUGGUUUGUUGCAAGUUACACUUACCAAGUAGCCUUGUCCAAAACUGAAGCAAGGACCGUUAACAUUUUGUCAUCUUCAUCAACCUUUUUUACCCUUAUGUUGGCUUCGUUGUGUCCUGCCAGUAAUGGUGAUAAAUUUACCAUUUCUAAGAUGUUUGCCAUAUUAGUGAUCUUCAUUGGAAUUGGUCUUAUUGGUUGCAAUGAUUUAAAAGAGCUGCACAUUCCUGAAGGAACAGUAUUAUGUCUAGUUAGCGCAUUUUUCUAUUCAGUAUUUUUAGUAUCUCUGAAAAAGAUUGUUCCUGAUGAAGAGAAAAUUGAUAUUUCUAAGUUUUUAGGAUUUUUAGGACUAUUUAAUCUUCUUUUACUUUGGCCAGUAUUUUUAUAUCUACAUAUUUCCAAAGUUGAACCAUUCGAAUGGCCUACAAGGGAACAAUUAACAAUUUUAUUCCUUAAUGGCCUAAUGGGGACUGUUAUUUUACAAACCCUAAUGUUAUGGGCAUGCUUUCUGACUUCACCCCUAAUAACCAUGACAGGGUUCAGCAUGACUAUACCCAUGACACUGAUAGCAGAUGUGAUAUUAAAACACACAAAACUUUCCUCCCUCUUUUAUUUUGGAGUCAUACUUAUGAUUCUGGGAUUCCUGCUGGUAACAAUAUGUUGCCAUUGGGAUAAUUGGGAUCCUAUGCUCAGUAUUAUAAGAUGUUUUUAUAGCAAAUUGUGCAACAAAGCAAUGGCUUUACGUACCUCCUAUGGCGAAUCAAAAACUUCAGAACAAACUGAGUCUCUGAUAGGACCAACAUCAGAUUGUGAUUAAAAAUAAGCAGUAAGAUAUAUGCAUUAUAAUUUGCAGUCACUCAAUGAUUAUAUACAACUUUUUAUUUAAAAGUUCUCCUUAAAGAUACAUGAGUCUUUUGAUCACAUCAAGCCUAAAAUAGUUAAUCAAAUUUUAAGUGGGCACUAAGAUGCGGCUUUCUAUUAAUGUAUUAUUUUGGAAAUUACGUACUAAAUCCCAAGAUGCAUAUUCUGUUCUUUGCUCUAUGUUUGUCUUAGCCUGAUACUUUAAUUAGACAUAAACACAAGUUACUAGUCAUUUUACUAUGGUGUAAAUGUCAGGUUUAUACAAUGCUUUUAUAUGCAGUGAUGAUCGAUUCAGAACAAAAAUACAGUAUUUUUUUUGAAAGAAUUGCAAAAACCUGGCAUAUAGGAAAAAUCUAAUGAUAAGUAUAAUUAUACUCUAAGAUGUAUUUUGUGAAAUAAAUAUUUAUGAAAUAAUG